UCGUACCUUUUUUUUUUUUUCUCAUAAACGUCCUAAUCAAAAAGAAAAUGUCGCGUGGCGCGUUCAUCCCUGCCAUCGCAGCAUCACUUGUCAUGCCUGGCAUGGUCUUUGCUGAUGCUUCGACAGGAUCGAUCGCCGCCUCGAUCCCGUACUUUGAAUCAUUUGACGAAUUGCGAGACCGCUUUGGAAAGGAACUCAUGUAUAUCAGCUUCAUCUUCUUAAUCCUGGUCACAUAUUGGGUUGGGAAAAGGCAUAAUGAGGUGCUUGCAAAGUCCACUAUGGCAGUUAUGCUGCCACUCUUCCGUGCUAACUUUGCACGUGUGGGUGACAAUGGUGCCGAACUGGCGAUCGAUGCGCCUCACGAAUAUAUUAUCUACUUGACGGGCCGUCGCCAUGUAGCAACUGUUCAUGGACUGAUCAAGAUGCGGCCUCGCCAGGAUCUCAUCCGCACGAUUUUCACCUUUCUAUCAACCCCAGUUCAGGAUACUUGCACGCUGAAUGUAACCAUGAACCCUGGCGAGUAUAGUGACGGAGUAUUUGCGGUUGUGCCCAAGACCACGGGAAUAUCUGUUCGCGCAAAGUUUUAUGAUCUCACAACGUUUACCAAAGCUUCGAAUCAGAAAUCGUUGGACGCUUCGUUGAUCACAUUAACAGAGUCAAAUGAACUGACAGAGGCCAUCCUGCCUUUAAUCAGCGACAAGUUGAACAAGGCUGCUCAAUGGCUCGAUUACUUUGUCGUCUCCGACCAGCCUAUGUACAAGCCUGAAACUGUUUCUACAGAGCCCUAUGCCAAGCGCAUCUCGCUAUCUUUCCGCUUGCCUAAUGCUAGAUACACUCGUGAGAUCUUGCCUCUCGUGGAGGCCCUUGUUGCCUGUCUGGACGGCCUUCCUCGUGAUUGCCAUGUCACUGCAGUGACAAAGUCCAAGAUUAUUAAGGCUCGUGAAGAAGCUUCUAAAGAGCUCGACAAGAAGGCUCAAGCAGAAAGAGCGCGAGAGUUGGAGGAGAAACGUGUACGAGAGAAGCGUGAGUAUGAAAAGAACUUAUCGCCCGAAGCCCAACGCAAGUUGGCUGUCAAAGAGGAAAAGAGAGCACUCAAGAAGCGUCAGAAGAUGGUCACCAAGAAGGCAUAAUAGAUCAUUCAGAAAAAAAAAAAGUGAGAAAGAGAAGAGG